AUUAAAGUGAAAAGCCCAAAUGAAAGUAGGGUUUUCUUGAACUCUUCUUUACCAUCUCAAAUCCGCAGAACCCUACAUUAGCUAUUGCCCCCGCCCACGGCUUCAGAGAGAUUGAGAAUCGGCGAAAAUGGUGACAUACAAAUUCCACCAGUAUCAGGUGGUCGGAAGAGCUCUGCCGACGGAGACGGAUGAGCACCCCAAGAUCUACCGCAUGAAGCUGUGGGCGACCAACGAGGUCCGCGCCAAGUCCAAAUUCUGGUACUUUCUGAGGAAAUUGAAGAAGGUGAAGAAGAGUAAUGGUCAGGUUCUUGCUAUCAAUGAGAUUUUCGAAAAGAACCCCACAACAAUUAAGAACUAUGGGAUCUGGUUGAGGUAUCAAAGCAGGACUGGCUACCACAACAUGUACAAGGAGUACCGUGACACCACCCUGAACGGUGGUGUUGAGCAGAUGUACACCGAGAUGGCUUCCCGCCACAGAGUCCGCCAUCACUGCAUCCAGAUCAUCAAGACUGCGACCGUCCCAGCUAAGCUUUGCAAGAGGGAGAGCACAAAGCAGUUCCACAACUCCAAGAUCAAGUUCCCCCUGAUGUACAGGAAAGUGAGGCCACCAACGAGGAAGCUCAAAACCACAUACAAGGCAACCAGGCCCAACCUGUUCGUGUAAGAUGCUUUGUCGUCUGUGGGAAGACGAGAGCCCUAUAUUUCUGCAAGCUAUUAUCAGUUUUGACUUUUGCUGGAGUUGUAACAUGUCUUGCUUGUUUACCUUGCACAAUAGACUUUUAUCUAUAGAGUUUGUUGAAUGUUCUUGUGAUAUUCAGGUUAUAUGGUUCUUAA